AUGACUGUCAAGACUAUCAUGAAUGCUUUUCUAGCAGCGCUCUUAGUGGGAGACACUGAGGCCGGUCCAUGUAAACCGAGACCCAGAACGACUGAUAUUUUGACCACCGUGGAAAUUAUGUAUACUUCCACUAGGACAAAAACUACUGCCGACAUUAGUCUCCCGACGACUAAGCUUUCCUCUAUUGAUUACUUCACCUUUACUACCGACCAGUCUGAGAGCACCAGGCAGACGUCAACUGAGUCAAAGGAUAGUACUACUACUGCUGCUUCUCCCGCCAUUUUGACAACGACAACCUCCUCAAGUAUAGCCCUGACGUCUUCUAUUAUCGAGAGUAGCGUGGAGCCAACCACAGUUACAGAAGACGCAACAACUGUUGCGGUUUCAAUUACUUUGACGGCAGAAUUAAGCUCUACUAUCACUGGGAGCCUCACGGAGACACCAACUUUCUCAAAGGACACUACCACUAUCGUUUCUAUGACUACAGAGACAUCUUCAACCAGAGAACUGACCUUUGAGAUCACCGAGGGUAGUACUGUGGAACCCACCACCACAGAAGGGUCACCUACUACUACGACCCCAAUGAUUCCAGCUACGGAGCAAAGCUCCACUGUUAUCGAGAGCAGCACUAGGAUGACCACUGCUGCAGAAGACGCUACUACUACUGCCGUUUUUGACACGGAAACUUCGUCAACUGUAGAGAUUAGCUCCACAAUUGCCGAAAGCAGCGUCGACAUAACAACCUCGUCGCAAGAACCCACUGCUACAACAUCUAUCUCAGCUACAGUGUCAACCCUCCCCACCACCGAGAGUACAACGACGUCUGAAGUCACCUCCACUACUACUACAGGAGCAGCUGGUCCUCCCACUAUCACCAAUCUUGGAUUCGACGACACCACUGGACCCUGGUCUGUCACCCAGCCCCAUCUCGUCUCACUAUCCCUCGACAGCAACAUCAAGCACGACGGUAGAAGCUCUGCACGCAUGAGCUUCUCCGCCGCCGGUGGGUCCACAAGCUACAUCACCCAGGCGUUCUCGUCGCCUCCUAAAACUGGGGUGGGAUAUCUAGCUUCCGCGUGGAUCCGUCCUGGGGAUGGAUGCACCCUCGCGGUGCUGGGUUGUGUUUAUGGAAAUGCAGGAUUGUUCGCAGGACGGCGAAACCUCGUUGUUACGGCGACGGCAACACAGCCGGGGACUAUCAAUCAGUGGCAGGAGAUAUCAUAUAAAUGCACGUAUACUCAAAACCAGAUUGAUCAGGGUGGUUUGGCUCUCAAUAUUGGGUUUAUGUGCAUAACGGGCUCUGAAGCUUGGGUUGAUUCGGUUCAAUUUUCAGAACAAUAA